AUGCAUCGUAGAAGUCUAAGUAACGAUUAUAAAAAUUAUCCUUAUGUAUUACCAUCAUAUUCACCACCAUCACGAAAUGGUAAUCGCCAAAAUUAUGAUCCUAUUCAACAUACGGAACAAGCACUUUAUCCAAAUAUACCAUUGAAUUCAAGAAAUACUUCAGCAAAUGUUCAACAUCAACCUCAAUCAUUACCAAUUAUUUCGAAUUUAUCUGAACCAAUAUCGAUAUUUGAUGAUCUAAAACCUCUUGCACGUCAUCGAUCAAAUCUGAGUUCUUUAUCAUCAGGUUAUAUACCACCGAAUCCUAUACAACGAUCAUCAGUUAGUGAUGCACGUCUUUUUACAGCUAAUGCUAUGCGCGAACGAUUAUUAACUGAUAUUCAUGAUAAUAUAACUGAAAUUGAUCGAGAAUUAUCUACAUUAGAAAUACGACCUUCAAUUUCGAAUUAUAUUCCACCUCGUUUUUCAUCUGAUAAUGGUUCAAGACAAACAUCAUUUGUUAGUCAACAGAAAAAUAAACCUCACAAUGCGCGUAUUGAUGAACAAGAUGAUUCAUCGGAAGAUGAAGAAAAGAAACAACGAAAAAAAAAAUCUAAAAAGAAAGUUUAUGAAGUUAUUCCACGAACAGCUAGUACAUCAUCAAAACAUUCAAUAACAAAAUUAACGGAUCCUCAACCAAAUCCAAUUUCAUAUGUUGGUCAAUAUCAUUAUGCAAUAGAAAUUGGAGAACAUGAUACUGAUGAAGAAGAUACUGAUAAGAC